UGACAUUGUUUGUGUAUUUAGUAAUCGCACAUAAUUUAUUGUUGCAGUUACCUUAACCCUCCUGUCGCUGUCGCUGUCAUUUACCGAACAACCGGCUUUUGAAACUCUAUGGUACCUUCUUGAUUUUUUUAAGCGAGAAGCGAGGAAAGGCCGCAUCUGGGUUUCUGGACAUCUGCGUGUGUAAUCGUUAGUUGCAGUGAUAUACCUUCAAGUCAAUUUCACGAAUUAACUUUUUAUUAUUAUUAUUAUUUGUUGUGGAUAAAAGUCGAGGAAAAUGCCAAAGAAAUCUAAGGACGUGGCACAGUGGGAGGGUGAUGAUGAACCACAAGCAGACAAACCGGUGAAAAAAGGAAAGAAAGACAAGAAAGCGAAGAAAAGCUUUUUUGACGAGCUGGCUUCAGAGAAUAAACAAGAGGAGACAGCAGUGAAGGAGACACAAGGAAAGCAGCCUCAAAAGAAAAAAAAAGAUCGGAGGAAAGUAAGAGGUGGAGAAGGGGAUGAGGAAGAUGAAGUCGUCAUGCAGCGACUUAAGAAGCUAUCUGUGCAGCCUAGUGAUGAGGAAGAAGAGGCUGAAGCUCCUGUCAAAGCUGGAGUAAGAAACAAGGGUGGCAAUAUAUUUGCUGCACUUAGUCAGGGUCAGAGUGAUGAUGAGGAAGAGGAUGCAGAGGGUAAUGACCAUGAUGAUGAUGAUGAUGAUGAAAAACCAAAGAAUAAGAGAAACUCUAAGGUUGAGAGAGUUUCCAAAGGACAGAAAAAAGAUGAGACUAAAAAACCUAAGGAUACUUCUGAGGAUGAACACAUUGAAGGUGUUGAGAAAAAAGAUGAGGAUGAGAAGAAAGGGGUGAAAAAGAACAAACAGACAGGCAACAAAGCAUCGAAGGAGGACGUUGAAGAGAAAGAGGUACCGUCUCAAAAAACAAGCAAGAAAGAACAGCCAAAGAAAGGCAAGCCUGCUCAUCCUCCUAGUGAUGAGGAAGAGGAGGAAGGGAAGAGCGAUGAUGGCACAAUGAGGAGUGCAGAAGAUACUCUUGCGGCAGAACAAGGCAAAGAAAAGGAAGAUGACCCCUUUGCCAACCUGAGUAAAAAAGAGAAGAAGAAGAUGAAGAAAAUGAUGGACUAUGAGCGUCAGGUGGCUAGUGUCCGUGCUCAGACUGCUGCAGAAGAAGACUUUUCUGUCUCUCAGGCUGAGAUGUCCUCAAGGCAGGCCAUGCUGGAGAAUGCCUCUGACAUUAAGCUGGAGAGAUUCAGCAUCUCUGCUCAUGGGAAGGAGCUGUUUGUCAAUGCUGAUCUUCUGAUUGUAGCAGGGCGGCGAUAUGGUCUGGUUGGACCAAAUGGGAAAGGGAAAACCACUUUACUGAAGCACAUUUCCAACAGGGCUCUCAGCAUUCCCCCUAAUAUUGACGUGUUGCUCUGUGAACAAGAGGUGACAGCUGACGACACCCCAGCCGUGCAGGCUGUGCUUAAGGCUGACACCAGACGCCUGAAGCUACUUGAGGAGGAGAAGCGCCUGCAGAGUUUGCUGGACAAAGGCGAGGAUGGCGCCUCUGAGAGGCUACAGAAGGUGUAUGAAGAGCUGAGGGCAAUUGGAGCUGCUGCAGCAGAGGCCAAGGCUCGUAGGAUCCUAGCUGGCUUGUCCUUCACACCAGAGAUGCAGAACAGACCCACUAAGAAGUUUUCUGGUGGCUGGAGGAUGAGAGUGUCACUAGCCAGAGCUCUCUUCAUGGAACCCACUCUGUUGAUGCUGGAUGAGCCAACAAAUCACCUGGACCUUAAUGCUGUCAUCUGGCUCAACAACUACCUGCAAAGUUGGAAGAAGACCCUUCUGAUUGUGUCCCAUGACCAGAGUUUCUUAGAUGAUGUUUGUACAGAUAUUAUUCACUUGGAUAACCAAAAACUCUACUACUACAGGGGCAACUACUUGACAUUUAAGAAGAUGUAUGUGCAGAAACAGAAGGAGCUCCUGAAACAGUAUGAGAAGCAAGAGAAAAAACUCAAAGAGCUGAAAGCUGGGGGAAGAUCUACUAAACAAGCUGAGAAACAGACAAAGGAGGCCCUGACGAGGAAGCAGCAGAAGAGCAGGAAGAAAGGACAGGAAGAGGAGAGUCAUGAAGCCCCCGAGCUUCUGAAGAGACCCAAAGAAUACACAGUGAAGUUCACGUUCCCUGACCCACCUCCCCUGUCGCCACCUAUUCUUGGCCUGCAUAGUGUGGACUUCAGCUAUGAUGGUCAGAAACCUCUGUUCAAAAGGGUGGACUUUGGAAUUGACAUGGAGUCUCGAAUUUGUAUUGUUGGGCCAAAUGGUGUUGGAAAGAGUACACUCCUCCUGCUCCUGACAGGGAAAUUAACUCCUACUAAAGGUGAGAUGAGAAAGAAUCACCGCUUGAAAAUAGGGUUCUUCAACCAGCAGUAUGCAGAUCAGCUGAACAUGGAAGAGUCUCCCACUGAGUAUCUGCAAAGGAACUUCAACCUGCCCUAUCAGGACAGCAGGAAGUGCCUGGGCCGCUUUGGUCUGGAGAGCCAUGCACACACAAUCCAGAUUUCCAAACUCUCUGGUGGCCAGAAAGCAAGAGUGGUAUUUGCCGAACUGUCCUGUCGGCAACCUGACGUCUUAAUAUUGGACGAGCCCACCAAUAAUCUGGACAUUGAGUCAAUUGAUGCCUUAUCUGAAGCCAUUAAUGAAUACAAAGGAGCUGUGAUCAUCGUCAGCCAUGAUGCCAGACUAAUCACUGAGACCCAGUGUCAGAUGUGGGUGGUGGAAGAUCAAACAAUUAACCAGAUUGAUGGAGACUUCGAAGACUAUAAGCGAGAAGUGCUUGAAGCUCUUGGAGAAACGUUGGUUAGCAAGCCCAAAGAGUGACCUUGAAUAAAAACAGCCCUAAGGAAAUCACAAACUUGUCAAUGGGGGGAAAAAAUUUAACUUGCUCACAAGAAUCAGUCCUUUAGUCUUGGUAUCUGAGACUACAUAAUCUACAGCAUAAACCCCAUCAUUACCAUCUCAGCAUAGUUGUUGUGCAAUGCAUUACUACAGGGCUAAUGCUGUCUCACAACAAGCCUUUAACAGAUACUCAUUGCAUAACAGGUUUAGUUUAGCUGUAAUCAGCUGCAUUGUGUGUUGAUUCCAUCAAGACAAGGUUUGAAUUGAGCACUUAAUGGAUAGUUAUCUAUUAAGUGGUGGUUAAAAACAUUUUCUGGUAUUUGAGGCUUUUGGGUUAUACUACUUUUAGGCCUUUUAAAACAACUGUAACUGCUAAAGUUUUGUUCCCCCUCCAAAGUGGUAGAAUAACAGUGCAUCCAUAUUAGUUUUUUUUUUUUUUUUUUUAUGAUCCAAUGAAAAGACCCAAACCUCACUGCAGUAUGCACUCAACUAUUUAUGUGGAAUAACAAAAUAAAGCAGUUUUUGAA